AUGAGCGAGAUCACUCACCCCACUAUCAAGGAUGGCUGGUUCUCCGAGCAGUCCGAGAUGUGGCCCGGCCAGGCCAUGAACCUCAAGGUGAACCAGAUCCUCCACCACGAGAAGUCCAAAUACCAGGAUGUCCUCGUCUUCGAGAGCAGCGACUAUGGUACCGUUCUUGUCCUCGACAACGUCAUUCAAUGCACCGAGCGUGACGAGUUCUCCUACCAGGAGAUGAUCACCCACCUUGCUAUGAAUGCCCACCCCAACCCUAAGAAGGUCCUCGUCAUUGGAGGUGGUGACGGUGGUGUCCUCCGUGAGGUUGUCAAGCACGAGACCGUCGAGGAAGCUAUCCUGUGUGACAUUGAUGAGGCUGUCAUCCGAGUCUCCAAGAAGUACCUGCCCGGAAUGAGCAUCGGCUUUCAGCACCCCAACGUUGGGGUCCACAUUGGCGAUGGAUUCGAGUUCCUGAAGCAGCGCCAGAACGAGUUCGACGUUAUCAUCACCGACAGCUCCGACCCCGAGGGUCCCGCUGAGAGCCUCUUCCAAAAGCCCUACUUUGAGCUUCUCAGAGACGCUCUGCGUGAUGGAGGUGUCAUCACCACCCAAGGUUCCGAGAACCAAUGGCUUCACCUUCCUUUGAUCGCAAACCUCAAGAAGGCCUGCAAGGAGGUCUUCCCCGCCGCCGAAUACGCCUACACCACCAUCCCCACCUACCCCUCCGGCCAGAUCGGCUUCAUGGUCUGCUGCAAGGACGGCUCUCGCAACCUCAAGGAGCCCAUCCGAUCCUGGUCCCGCGAGGAGGAGGAGCGUCUGUGCCGCUACUACAACCAGGAUAUCCACCGCGCCAGCUUCGUGCUUCCCAACUUCGCUCGCAAGGCUUUGGACGCUUAG